AUGUCCAACCCCAGCAGUGGAUCAACAUUCGGGAGUUUAUCGGCAUCUGACAACUCUUAUAUUGGAACAUUGCCAAUUGUUCGGCUACUCGAAGAUGUCGAUGCCUACGCUGGCGCCGUAUUUGAGAUGUCUACGGGGACCCUCAACGAACUCCUGAGUGCGGAACGUUUCGACCGUGAUCGAGGCGAACUGGUUGGUCCGGCAAGGCUGGAUGGGCAAGAGAAGCUUCUGACAAGCUUCCACCAAACCAUAGAAGACGCCCGAAACGACCUUUCCAACAUGAAGAGUGGUGACUUUGCUGCCUUGUCGCUUGUCUGGGGUAGCGGUGCUGAGGUCGUCGGCCAGGAGCUGCAGGAGAUCAUAAAAAAGCUUGCAGAAAUCAAAGGCCAAGUAGCCGAUUUAAGGGACAAUAUCCACGGUAACAGCAUUGCUCGAAGAGUAGAGUCUAGGAGCGAGACAGCAGCCGAGCUCUUUGCCCGUCACAAAUCCCUGAUGAAUAUACAUACCGACGAUGGUGCCAUCCGAUAUCAGAGGGACAUUCAUCCUUGCAAGGGCGCCCUCCAAUUACUCAAAGGCGAUGAUGGAGGCAUCAUUGACCGCUGCUUGAGAAAAGACCUAACACUUCAGGAACUUGAAAGGCUUGACAAAGGUGGUAAGAGUGGGACCUACCACUUUUGGAAAUGCGACAGUUGUGUAUUCCGCAUUAAGUACUUCGUCUCUAAAAGUCGGUACGCAUGUCUACUGACUAACGAUGACAAUUGUACCUUUAAGGACUCAAAGGUCCAGUGCACCCGAGCCUUCAUUGCAAUGUCGCACGUCGAGCAACGAGGAGUUAGGAAACAUAGCAGCUUGAAAGGUCCACCGAAGUAUACUUGCUUGAUAUGCGCCUUGCAUCGUCUUGCAGCACGGCCUGAUCAUGACCAUACCUUCUUGAACCGAGAAGACUAUAUGAGGCAUGUUGAAGACCUACAUAUUGAUGGUAACACACUUCCUGCAUUCGUUCUGCAGAAGCUGGGCAUUGAGCAUGGUGGCAAGUUGCCGGAUGGCGUUCGGAGAGAACUGUGGAUUGGCUGA